AUGGAGCUGCUGCUAGUGAACCCUCGUGCUAUGAUGUACGAUGCUAUGCGAGAUAUUGAUCUGGUAGAAAGGAGCAUUUUCCCGUACUGGAGAAAUGCUGAUCAUUCAGUACUUCAUGUGGCGAAUGAUACUGUGAAGGCUGUCGACGACGACAAGAAGUUCGCCGUCACGCUGGAUGUGUCCCAGUUUCGCCCAGAAGAGCUAAAUGUGCACUUGGAAGAUCGAGUACUGACCAUUGAGGGCAAGCAGGAGCAUAAAACCAAGAACAGCUCCCUGCAUAGAUCAUUUGCUCGCAAGUGGUUAUUGCCUGAAAAUGUCGAUCUGGAUGCAGUCAGCACACAAGUUGACGAAAAAGGCCAUUUGUCUGUGGAAGCGCCAAAGCACAUUAAGGACCACCCGAAAAAGAAAACCAUUCCUAUCGUGGCUGCUGCAUCUCCUUCAUCCGCUGCAGCGAAGAAAUGA